AACACAGCAAAAAGAUGGCGGGGAAAGUACAGUCGUUUAGUAAGUCACUGGUAAAGUUAUUUAAAUUAUUUAUUUGGGGUAUUAAUUAACAUCCAGUCCUUUCGAAUGUAUAAUAAUACUUUUUUAUCACAUGUCCUGGUGACGAGAUGGGUAUCGACAUUAUAUAAGCAGGAUUGGAGAAAGAACUGGUAUAAUUUCGCCAGCAUGGAUUGGUUGCACGAAGUCAUGGAUUUUUUACACGAAGGAACGUUCUCUUUCAUAUGUGGAAGAAUUUUGACUGUGUUUUAUAAAAAAAGUUUCGAUGUGCAAGUACAUGGAUUGUUUUUGUUGUUGGAAAUUUCGUCCGCCAUAUUUGUUUACAUCGUACGACAUCUCUUCAAUGCAGAAUCAAACAUAACCACUUUGAUAUGUCUCAUCGUGUUCCUAUUCGCACUGAAAAGAUUUGAGAACUUUCGUGAUGAUAAAAUCAAACUGUUCUGUCUGUCUAGCAGCAUAUGGUUGGUCAGAUAUUUUGAUGUUCCAGAAAGUUACCUUACAAAUGGUGCUUUGUUCCUCGCAACCACACAAUUUUUACGGCAGCCAGAACAGUUAAAAAAUUAUUUAAGAGAUGUUCGACUCAUUUGCGCUCCGAUGUAUGUGAUAGCAGUGGCAGCCAGGUUGCAUUUCUUGAAACCUGAUGCAUUUUUAUCAAACACUCACAUGCAGUUGUUGGGAAGUUCGAUCAUCGUAAUAUUAUUCUCCGCCAUCUUUCUUCGUCCUGAUAAUAACGAAACGUUGCGAUAUAUCAUACCGCGGCAAUAUUUACCAUCGUACUCAAGCAAAAGACUUUUGCAUGGAAUACUGAUGUUCUCUGGGUUGAUUCUACUGACAAUAGAUGCACCAUGGAAUGUCUUCAAAGUUUUUGGUAUUUUGAACAUAUUUUUGUAUGUUCUUUUAAAAACAUCGAAUGCGUUUUGGUGAAGGGAAAACUAUAAACUUUGUACGCUCGGUUAGAGAUGAAUAAAAUAACUUAAUACAAGUUAGACAACAAAAAAAAAAUAUGUUUGUAAUUUUUGUAUAGUUCUCUUUGUAGUGAAAUAUUUCAUCACCGCAGCCGAAUGUUGACACUCACGAUGUAUUUAGAAUACAGUAUAUUAAUGAU